GGAGACGGAAAGAUCUCUUCGAGGCGCUUGCACGAACUGCACAUGUGGCUGUCCUAUCCAUACGGUGUCCAUUCGUGCGUCCAAACAUGUUAUCACAUGCACCUAUCCUACCCUAUACACAGACAGCGUGAAUGCAAUCAAUGCACACACACCGACACCCACACAGACAGACAUGGCGUUGCAUGCAGCAUGAUCAUGUACACAGGCGUUAUAAAAGAGUCGGCGGCGUGUGCGUGUGCGCGUGUGUGUGUCUUCUCUGUGUGUCUGUAUUGUGUGGGCAGGAGGCAGUCGGGUGACAGUAAAUCGUCGCAACCAGCUCACUCGGUGGUGCUCCAGGCAGGCCAACCAACUCGCAGCUCAGCACAGACAUCGGGCAGGCAUCACGGAGGCACAUCUUGACACAAAACGUCACGCGCACAAUCGGUGACAAACAAGGCGAAAACUCUACAUUCACAUGACGCACAGGGGCGGUCGGGCAGACAGACAGGCAAGGCUGCAGGCUACUACAACAAAGCCGGCCGGCCAUUUGCAAACACGGCCAGCUGGCUUGAAAAACACCUUCUGAUGAAUGGUGCACGCGAUGGAAUGCACUGCACCGGAUGCAUUGAUCCAUCCACCCACCCAUCAAGACUGCAUCCAUGCAGACAGGCAGAGGGAGGCAAGACAGGCAGGGAGACGUAGGCGCUUUGGACAAUCGUUGCGUUGAUGUCUACCUAAAUCUUCUACCCCGCCACACCACACCACACGCAGCAUACAGACACCGCACACGCACACUCACACGCAAAAACAGAGACAGACAGAGGGGGAGGGAUGGAGAGAGAGAGAGCGAGAGCGAGGAGCUUGGCCCCUCCGCCCCCCAGUGUGCAAAAACCACAGUCCACAGCAGACAGAGCUAUGUACAAGAAAGUCGCCCCCUCCCUGACUCACUCACUCCCCUUUUGCCCCCUACAUUCACACGCUCAGACGGGCACUGGCUUGCCCUUGCUCGCAAACUCCUCGAAGUACUGACUGACUUUGUCCCAAUUGACGAUGCCCCAGAAGGCAUCGAUGUACUCGGCCCGCCGAUUCUGGUACUUGAGGUAGUCUGGAGCAUAACACAGGACACAGCCACGACAGACAGAUGCCCAUCAGGCGGAUGGCCUUGGGUGCAUUGCGGCGGCUCACAUGCGUGUUCCCAGACGUCCAGCCCCAGGAUGGGGAUGAGGACCUCCUGCCGGCCAUUGACGCCCUUCAUCAGCGGGUUGUUCUGGUUCGCGGUUGAGACGACGAACAGCUCACCGUCCUUGACGGCCAGCCAGGCCCACCCGCUGCCGAACACGCUCUUGGCCGCCGUACUGAAGGACUCUUUCAUGGCGUCGAACGAGCCGAAUGCCUGCCGGCACAGACACCAAGAGGCAUGAUCACAUGUGUGUCGAGAUGACCCCCUUUUUGUGUGCGGACGCACCUUGUCAAUGGCCGCCUGGAGAGCGGGGGAUGGCUUCAUCUGUGAAGACGAGGAAACCGAGGUGAGGAUGGUCCAAAAGAAACCUGGUACGUUCAGAGGGAUAGAGCGACAAACGUCAUCAUGCAUAUGGUGGCAGACCAUCUCACCGUGGUUGUAAGCGCCUCCGGCGUUGUUCCUGGCAAAUGGGCCGAGAGUCGUGAUGUCCCUCUGGAUAAUCUCGAGUGGUUUAUCCACGAUGGCAGAGGCGUUCUCAUCCUCAGCCACCACAAGGUUGAUGUUCCUCACGUAGCCAGCAUAGUGCGUACUCCAAUGGACAAACAUCUGAUCACACAGAUACACAUCCACACAGUCACACACCCGCUUCCACGCAUCAACAGCCCACAUGUGAGUGUACGUGCUCACCGUCUUGGUGUCGAUUGCGGGUUCCAGGAAAUCGAAGUCAUAGGGGAGGUGCUUCUGUUCGUAUUGGCCGUUGGUCUCCGGGCCCGCCACGGCAGCCACCGCCAUCACCAGUACACCAACCAGCGCGCGUGCCAUCUUCAUCACCACUUGUCUGUCCGCGGGUGUUGGAAGCGAGCGAGUAGCUGAUACUCAGGUACGUGAGAGGAAGGCUUGGGAAAGCUGAUGAAGGCUGAGUGGGGCUGAUGGGAAAGUGCGAAGUUGGAU